GUUGCCGAAAGUUCCUGAUACUCAGACGGGUCGCUCGUCUCCCUGAAGUGUUUCUUCUCCUAUUUAGACGUCAUGAAUUGGAGGGGAGAGGAAACUACAAUCCCCAUCUCAUGAUUGCUCACCAAAGUCAUGGAUACAGCACGCCAGAUUCCCCCCAGACCAACAGCUCUUCUGGAUGACCUUGACUUGCAGCCUGUGAGGGAACUACGGCAUCGUGUACUUAAUGACAUUGAUCAAGAAACCGUAAUUUGCUCUCCCAGAGUUCAGUUCAAUUAUGUUGAUGUAUCCUUUCCAAAAGCCCCAUCAAAGAAAGGUAGUCACGCAGGCAGCAUAGACAAGAUAAAGUCUCAUAAAAGAAUUCACAAAUCAAGGAAUGUUACUUCUCAGUAUUUGAGAUCAGGUUCUGAAAAUGAUAGGGCCACAUAUGCCAGUAAUCAGAUGGCACAGAGUAACCAACAAAAUAUAGCAGAUGAUGGCCGUCGUCAGUUCAUAACACAGCUCCUGAGGAGGGGUGUCCCAGUGUGGGAAGAAGUACCACAAGAUGAGCUGAAUUCUAGAGGUAUAGGUUUUGUUGAUCCAUGCAAACAUCCGACACAUCAUGCAACUAAUAUUACUGCACGUAGUUCCCAGAGGAAUCAGCGCAUGAGCAAGGUUCCUUCUGCAGUCUGGGAAGACGUUGCAGAGGGCAGCUCACAAUAUUCAUUUGAAGGGGGUGGACCACUGCCGGAUGCUCAAAUUCUUAGUCAGAGACAGAAAUACCAAAGUGAUCUCGAGCACAAUGAAUUAAAAACCCCUUUAAGUAGUUCUGUCUCUUCCUCACCAUCAAGGACUUCAAAGAAUACCGUCCAAGCUUUUCCUAGAAGGGGGGAAGCUACUGUAACCAACUUAAAUGGAAGCCAUGACUCUCGCUUACCACAGCAUGUUGAUCCAAGGUCAACCUUAGAUGAGCAUUCUAGCCUGGAAAAUUCACAGGGAUCAGUGCAUACUCAAAUGGACCAGGUUUCUUGUCAGGAAAUGCAUGAAGCUGACAUGAAAGAAUAUCAGGCAGAACAAGAGAGACCAUUAAAGAUUUUGAAAAGAAAAUUUGGUGGUCGCCUUGUUGAUGACAGCAAUGUUAUUACAGCAAAAAGUUGGCGUAAAGGUGAGAAAGCUGUUAUGGACAAAUUUGGAUCUCCCCCAAAAGUUGAAGGCAUCAAAAAGAGAGAAAGUGACAAUAAGGAAGAAGAGGAGAAACAUGAGAAGGAACCUACAAAAGAGGCUCCCAGGAAGAGAGACCUCUCGGUGCCAUCUCAGAUUUCAGAGCAGCCUGCAAAAAAAUCCCAUAAGCAUCCUGGCAAAGAGGAACCUUCACAAGAAAAUAUUUCUGCAGCUCCUCCCAAAGUCCGUAAUUAUGAAGUCACGGAAGUCCGUAGAUUCAUGGAGAAGAAGCGUAGGGAACGUACCAAGAGUCACAAGGAGCAAAAGCAACGAGAGGAAAUGAAUCAGAUUGAAAGAGAAGAUAGACUGAAGGUUAGUAAGAUGUUUAAUUUUCAUUUCCCCCAAGUUGGGCUCGCCCAGUUGUGCUUAUUUAAUUUUUUACAGCAAAAAGUUCGGCGUAAAGGUGAGAAAGCUGUUAUGGACAAAUUUGGAUCUCCCCCAAAAGUUGAAGGCAUCAAAAAGAGAGAAAGUGACAAUAAGGAAGAAGAGGAGAAACAUGAGAAGGAACCUACAAAAGAGGCUCCCAGGAAGAGAGACCUCUCGGUGCCAUCUCAGAUUUCAGAGCAGCCUGCAAAAAAAUCCCAUAAGCAUCCUGGCAAAGAGGAACCUUCACAAGAAAAUAUUUCUGCAGCUCCUCCCAAAGUCCGUAAUUAUGAAGUCACGGAAGUCCGUAGAUUCAUGGAGAAGAAGCGUAGGGAACGUACCAAGAGUCACAAGGAGCAAAAGCAACGAGAGGAAAUGAAUCAGAUUGAAAGAGAAGAUAGACUGAAGAAACUUGCUGUGAAGGCUAAAGAAGCCGCUGUCCUCAAGAAGGCGAAAGAGACCGAAGAUCAAGUCCCUUUGCUAAAAGCUUCCACCCAGAUAAAUAGCAAACCCCCUACACCACCUAACUGGGGUUGCCCUAGUGACUGCAGUCAUGAUGCUAUGCAGCAGCAUAAUGCAGGGAACACUUACAGUAAAGAAAAGAAUAUAGGUCCUAAACUUGUUAGUGAGAGUCCCAAAAACUCUGCAGGCAACAGUUUUCAAAGUGAAGAAAGUAAACAAGGACAUCAGAAUAAACUGAAAGAGCACAGCACUCAAAAAGAAGCUCAGAAUGGCACUCCAGAAAAACAAAGGAGUAAGGACAGGAGAUUAAAAAAAAAGAAAAAGUUAGAAAAUGUGUCUAGCGAAUCUCUCAGUGAUUUGGUGAGUCGCACAAUAGAAGAAUGUGAUAAACAGUUAAGAUCUUCAAGUAUAUCCCUGAGUGGUAUUAGCACGCCUACUUCAUUAGAGUUAUCAGAAGGAGAGAUUCGUAGUAGUUCAUCCAUAUCAGAAAGUUCUAGUGUUGAUACAGUUCCAGAUGAGAGGGUUAUUGCACUAGAUGAAAUGGCUCAGAAACUCACUUCAAGGAUUACUGAAGAGGAGAUGAAUCUCAAACAGUUUGUUCGUAUGAAUAAAGGAAAAGGUGUGGUGACACCUCAUGAAGGACAACAGGCCAGUUUUGAAGCUGAAAAGGAGCCCAAUGUAGUCGUCAGAACUAAAGACGUUGCUUCGGGAAGUGGAGUAGGUGUUGGUAAAGCUCGUCUAGACAAAAGGAUGAGUGAUUCUGUCCCCUAUUCUGAAUUAGAAAUGUUUUCUGUAGAGCAACUCAAAGCAAGGAUGACUGCUAUGCUUUUACGAAACUCGUCAACUAUUCAGCCAAAGCCUACUCAGAUCAGUAAUAAUAGUGACAAAGAAGAAUUCAAUGAAAAUUUGGGUGAUCAGGUAACAAGAAGGACUAGGCAUGCAAAUAUCCCUUCACCUCCCAGAGAAGAAAUUCCUAAUUUGUUAAUUCCAGAUACACCUGUUCUUCAAUUGUCAGGUGGUAGAGUUCCUUUAGGAAGUGGCAUUUUCCCAAAACAAAAGGAUAUGGAUGCUGCUCUUAAUCCAAGAUUUGUCAGACAUCACAAAACUCUUGCUGAUGGAAAACUGGAAACUCUUGAUAAAUUACCCGGAAAUAAUUUAGAUGUCUGGUCCCAGAGUCCUGUAUUGGUGCCCUCUCAUCACUUUCAGAGUAGAUCUGGUCACCUCUUUAAUCUGUCAGAGAAAAACAAGUUUGAAAUGGCUGCCAUUUGCAUUCAAGCAGCGUACAGAGGUCAUCGUGUUAGAAAAGUAACAAAUUAUUUGUUGAAGAACAAGUCCAGCACAAAAAAUACCACCAGCCUAUCAAAGGCAAGACAGUCACAGAAGAACUCUUUAGAUAAUAACAAAUACUUCCGUCAGUUGCCUACCAAAUUAAAUGCUGAGGAAGACAUACAGAAGACUCGAGAAAUUGAUUGGGUGACAGUUAGAGAAGAGCUUGGUCUUGAAUUGAACACACCCAGAAGAAAGUGCAAUCAUACAUUUCAAAGAAAGGAUUUACCUGAAUGGAUCAAACCCUAUGUCUUGUUAAGUGAAUCGGGAAAUCUCGAUAAUUUUAUGAUGAAUGAUGCAAAGCCAGACCUUGAUUCCAGUGCAGUAAAAUCAAAGCAAAGUUCAGGUCCAUUAAAAGAAGUGAGAAGCGUCAGCCCUUUUGAAAGUGACAGUGACAAGGAAAAUGUUGAAGAAAUCAGUGACUCAAUGAUUAAUGACACUUUAACUGAAGGUCCAAUAUCUGACAAAGAAGAAAAGGAAGUUGUAUCAGUAUCAGAAAAGGAAACUCAAACUCUCUUCAAAACACAGAAACAAAAGAAGAAAACUGAAGAAAAAAUUAAAAGUGGAAUGCUUGCAAGAGAAAAUAUGUUUGUUGACAUGAAAAGUUGUUAUGAUGAAAAAAGUGCCAUCCUUCUGGACAGCUCCAGGAUGACUAGCAAGGAAUGUGUUUUGAAAGAGAGUGCUGCAGAAGGCUCGCUUUUAUCGCUGGACAACAAAGACGUCAAAAGAGAAAAAAUAUAUAAAGCAAAUGAGACCUUAAAUAAAAAUGAUACCCUAGAAGAAGGCCCUCUUUCAGAUGUGGAUGACAAUGACGCUGAUCAUUCAAAGGGUGCUGUUUUAUUAUCGCCUGAUGAUACAGGUGAAGUGAGGCACCCAAACUUCUCGGGUACCUUAGAAUCUGCUGAAGUGUCCAACCACACUAGUUCUCAUGAAAAUGUUGCUCCACACCAUCUGUUAGGAGAGGGCCCACACUUUGCCCCAGCUAAUUUGAGACUCAGGUUGAAUGCUGAGUUGAUGUAUCAAGACACAGUCAGUGAAGCCUUAAAUCAGUUGUGUGAGGCAGAGCGGCUCCAUUUUUUUACUAGAAAUAGAGAGAAAGAGUUUGCCGUUUCUCAGUCUUUGCUUGCUCAACAGCAGGAGAAAGAAGAAUAUGAAAAGAUGAGAGUAGAAAAGGAGAAACAAAAGAAGGUGGAGGAAGAGGAAAGGAAAGUCCACAAAGAAUUAAGAAGAAGAAAAGAGCUACAAAUACAACAAGAGGCGUUAUCGACUGUAGAAAGAAUUGAGAAAGAGGCAAAAGAGAGAUUGGAUCAACUGGAAAAAGAAGUACGAGCAAGAGCAGAACAAAUUAUGAUUGCUUCUCAGAGACCACUGGAGUAUACCAGCACUCAGCCAGAAUUUAUUGCAACUGCUGCUGUUGCAGCAGUUGGUGCAACAAUAUCACAGUGGGAAAAACUAAGAGAGAUACAGGGGAUGCAGUCAGGAAUCGUGGAAUCACAAAGUUCUGUUACCCAUAGUCAGGUUACAUCAAUAUCUAAUUCACAGAGCCAGAGACAUUCUGAUUCUGGCACAAGAUCACAGUCAAAAAUAUCUACCAGCAAAUCAUUUUCUAGUAAGAAAACCUCUGGCAGUGGUGGAGAGUAUUCCUCUGUUUCCGAGAAGGUUAGUAUUGUAAGUAAAGGAAAGAGUUCAGUUAUUGAAGAAUUGUCAUCUGUAAACCAUUCCUCCAGUAGUUCUGUGGAAGAAUUAGUUCAGUCUGAAAUAGAAUCAGCCAGGAGUGUAAUAUCUGAGUCUGCCCGGAGUGUGGUAUCUGAAACUGCCCGGAGUGUGGUAUCUGAGUCUGCCCAGAGUGUGGUAUCCGAGUCUGCCGUGAGUGUGGUAUCAGAAGUUACAAAAGUUUCUCGUUCUUACACAGCAACUAAAUCUGAUUCAGAAAUUCAAGAGGCUGAAAGUUUAAAAUCUGUAGUUGCAUCAGGACCCACAGUAAAUACAGGAAGUUCUAUUUGUGAAGAAGAAAAGAUCAGGAGUUCAAGUGGAAGUCAGAGAUUGUCAAGAAGUAAGGAAAAGUUGCCUGCUCCUCAUUUCAGGAAGUCUAGAACAAGCUCAGAUAACUUAUCUGAAAUCCCAUCAGUUCCAGACCUAAGUACUGGAAAAAAUAUUUCAAAACUGAGCUCAGUAUCUCUUCCUUCGGAAGUUAUUGAAACAUCAAACAGUGGCAGAGGAAGUAGUAACAUACUUUCCUCUGAGGUAAAAGAGUCUAUUUCAUGUUCUUUGCCAAAUACAUCUAAAGAACUAGGAGUAUCUGUAGUUGGUAGUUCUACCAGAGAGUCCCAGAGUAUUCAAGAAUCACUGGUAGGUGCAAAGCCUUAUGUUAGUCAGACAUCAAGCAGGAAGUCUCACUCAGGAAAUACUCAGAAAGAUGGUAGUGGAGGUGUUCAUUAUUCAGAAUCGUUUGAAGUUGAGUCUGUGAGUGACAGUUCUUCUAAAUCACUUGAGAUACCACAAAAAAGAAAUGAGAAAGAAUAUCAAGGAGAUCUGUCUUUGGUUGUGUCUGGCAACCUACUUGCAGCAGUUGACAAUCAGAUUGGUUAUAAAGGAUCUUCUCAUCUUGGAAAAAACUUUCCUGGAAGUGCUUUAGUGGAAGGGGGGAAUCACACAGCAUUGGGCAUGACACUGAGUUUGGUGGAAUCUCUUCAGAAGGAGGAGGAAGUUCGUCUCCAGCAUUUAACAGCUCUCAUUAAACUUCAGGAACAGUCUUUGAUUGAAGAAGCAAAGUGGAAGAUAGCUGCACUUCAGUCUGAAGGUGGUCCAAGACUUCGCCGACGCCAGGAUGCAGUUCUGCGUCAAUUAAGGGAACAGCGAUCCCACUUGCAUCGCCUAAUUGAAACUCAAAAUUUGGCAGCACAGCAAAGGAGAUUGUUACUUUUACAGCAUCAUCAUUUAUUAGCAACUACAUCUAGUAUAUCUUCGUCAGGUAACAAAGGAUAUCCUUCUAAUUCUAGAGGACACUCGCCAAAUCCAAGCUCCCCACGUUUAACACCGAGAAUGAUGGAAAUUAGCAUUUCAUCUUCCAGUGAGGGCCAAGAGGACUUGUCCUUGCAUCUUUCUGUUAAAAGCAAGGAGACAGGGUCAAGUAGCCUAUCAGACAGCAGUGGUCGGGAAAAACGUAGAUCUCAUUCAGACGAGCGAAAAAGGAUUGUGUCUGCCAGACUUCAAGAGAAGCGAAGAGCCGUCGAUGCAGAUCCAUUGCAAAAGACAAAGUCUUUGUUUGAUUCCCAAGAUAAAGAGUCUAUAAAAACAAAGAGAAAAAUAGAUAUGGUUACUAAGAGGUCUAGGGAAAAAAGGGAAAAAAGUCCCAUCACAUCAGCAAGAAUUGGCGAAAACACUAUUUCAACAGAAAGUUCUGUUCCUGAAGAAAGUGUUGAUGCUUCCACUCAUGAAAGCCAGAGCUCAGUAGCAGAAGAGGUUGGAAGUGAGUCAGUUUCUCAAAGUGAUGUUGCAUCUUCUGUCUCAGAACAUGAGGGGACUGUGUCAAGAAAGGAAAUGAGUUAUUCUGUACCUUCAGAGUUUGUUAGGACAGAGAAAAGUUCUUCAGUCAGAGAGGUUAUAACAGAUUCACAUAGGGAUGAAAGCCCAUCCACAUCUAAAACUAUUAACAAGCAAGUUAAAAAAUCAAGUUCAAAAACUGAAUCUGUCAGAGAAUCUAGUAGAAAAUCUUCUGUUGCUCCUGAUUCUGGUAGCACAAUUAAAACUGUAAGUUCAGAAUCACAAGAGACAGAUAAAACAAGUGAUGUACCAACUCUAUUGAGUGAUAAAGUUUCAGAUCGAACAGCUGGCUCAAAAGGUUUUUCAGAUGAUACUGAAGGUGGUAGUAAGCCAACAGGAACACAGAGCUCAGUCCAGACAAGUUCUGUUGCUUCAGAAAAGCAUUCUAAAAGUAAAGAAGACAUAAGCACAAUGGAAGGAAAUGGGAGCUUAAAAUCAAACUUGUCUUUCUCAAAGAAUAUGAGUCAAGGGCUUGAAACCACUUCCAGUAGCACAAGAGUUAGUGAUGUUAAAUCUACCCAAAGGUCAUCAGCUCGGGCGUUACCUCUCCCACUACGAGUACCUCUAUCUCCUAGGUCACCUCACCGGCAGCACAGACGUUAUUCUAGUGAAUCAGAUGAUUCUUUCACCUUAUCACAGACUGAGACUGCAUCUGACGUGUCAGAUGGUGAGGGGAAGCUAAUUGCUCUCAAGGAACAGUUAGCUGUCCGACGUGCUGAAGCCGAUAGGUUGAGACGAGAAAAGCGAAGAUUGCGUCGGGAACGUCUAACAUCUCAAGAACAAGCUCUACGACAACAGAUAGCAAAUUAUGACGCUUAUAUUCAACAGGCAAAACUAGAGUUAGAGAAAGAAUCAAAAGAACUUCAACAAGCAUCACAGGUGAGGCCUCUUAUUAAAAAACCCCAGGUGGCAGAAUCGAAAAAGUUGAAGCAAUCUGAAUCUUCAAUAAUCAGCCCAGAGAAGUCUGACAUUUCAGAUACAUCAGUUCUGUCAGAAUGCUCUAAAUCUGAUCAAUCUGUAUCUUCUAAGUCUCAGGAGGGUCGAUCUGACCACUCUUUCAGUAGCAGAUUGAAGAAUUUGAAACCAGAUCAUACAUUGCCAUCAAAGUCACAAGAGUUUGAAUCAAGAACGCAACCUCAAGUUCAGAGAGUUUCUGACAGUCAGAAAUUAACUCACAAGCUUGAUAUUGACACUAGUGAGAAGAAUGAGAAGAAGCCUAGUGACAUCGCAAAGGAUGAUUCAAGGAAAAUUCCAUCUGAGAGUCCUCAGGUCACUCAGGAAGAAGUCGAGUUAUCAAAAGAGUCCAGCACAUCCAUAUCAGAGGAUUAUAGUUUUGAAGAUGAGUCGGUGUCAAGUCAUUCUGUCGUUGACUCUCAGAAAGGUUCUUUAUCUCGUGAAUCAAGCCAAGAUACAGACCAAAGUCAGUCACAGGCAUCCAGCACUGAAACCAUUGUUCACAGCCCCAAGAAACUGAAUUCAUCUCAAAAGGAUGAUGAAGUUUCACAAUCAUUAGAGCCCUCUCACAAUGUGCCACAAGUAGAAAAAAGUGAAAGUGUGAAACACUCUGAAGGUUCUGAAAUUGCUGGAAAUUUGAAUGAUAAAUCAACAGAUCUUCAAUUACCAGCUGAUGAAGACGUUGAAAAGAAGUUAGAAAUAUAUAUCCCAACAUCUGAUGCCAAAUCGGAAGCAGAUGAAUCCUCAUAUCAGGACAAAGAUACAAGUGCAGAUGAUAGCAUUAGUGAAGAAAUUGCUGAAUUCAGUCAGUUAGAGGCAAUAAAAGAUAUGAUUCUCAUCAUUCUUAUGAAGAUAUUCUCAAAAGAGAUCAGUCAGCUUGGUGAUGAUCAAGGACAGUCCUUCAUUAUAUCUGAAGAACCUGAAGCAUUUAGGGAAGCAGAUUCACCUCAGGAUUUUGAAGCUCCACAGGAGGCUCCUGUUAUACAAGACAGAAAAGAAGUACUACAGGAUCAAAGUGACGUGGUAUCCCAAGGGACUACUUUAACCAAACAGAGGGAAGUAGAUGAUAUAUCAAAUGGCAUUUUUGCUUCAUUAAUGAAGGAAACUACAACUCUUUUCACUAGUAUAAUUAAACAGAAAGAGUCAAAUAAGGAAGAAGGGUUUUCGAGUUCUGCUCAGAUAAUAGCCUCUCGGGAAGAUUUAGAAACAGACUCAUAUAAAUCUGGCAGUUCUUUGAAAAAGCCAGUCGUGCUGGAACAUUUGCAGCAGGGAAAACCAUUUGUAGAUGUCUCAUCAAAUAAUGAGGAACAUAGUGAAACUGUUGUGGACAAUAAAUCGCAAGUCCUGAAAAGAGUCAAUGAUUUAAUUGCUGAAAAUGAGUCUUCCCCCCGAUCUCUGCUCAACUCUCCCAGGGCAGCUGGUCUACAGUUAACACCACAACUAACAUUCGAUAUUAGCCCCGAUAGUCUGUCUCCUGCACCUGUAUCGCCUUCCAAGGUUUCCAAGGAACUUGAUCCCACAGAGAAUAUUACUGAGUCAGGAAUUCCUUGUACAGCAUAUGAUGGGGAGGCUGCUGAUUGUAAUAGCCAAGGUGCUUCACCUAGCCAUGAUAUUGUCAAGGCAGAAGACUACAGUUUAGAUAUGGAAUUUGAAGGAGAGAAUUUUGCUAUAGAUCCGGAUACGCUUACUAGCAAGUUGCUGAAUCUGUCCUCUGCAGCAGACAUUGAUUUAGAGUCAAAAUUGGAUCUUGUUGAAGGAAAUACAGAAUUUGCUGUUGAGGGAAUUGAGGGGACCUGGUUUGAUGAUAAUUUUUGGGCAUCGUCAGACAACAAGAAAAAGCAGCAACAGUUGAAAGCAGAGGAAGAAAGGAUAGCUGCCGAGAUUGCACGGCUAGAAGAGUUGCAGCGGCUCCAAGAGCAGUACCCUGGCUUGGUGAUACGUGAAGUACCUAACAAACCGCCACCUCCCUACACGCCACCUCCAUCGUCACCUUCACCCACUCAGUCCAUGCCUCCUGCCUAUAGACCUGCUUCUCCAGAGGGUCAGGCGGCUCCUGAAGUGCAGGCACCUUCCAGUGCUGUUAGCAUGCCACACCGUUUGAGUAAAGCAGAUUUGCGCAAGUUAGCGACGGAAAUCUUCCACGUAGUGCCAAGCUCCCAAGAAGAAGUCAUACCAUUAGUCACGGAAUCCUUUGAAUCAAUCUAUGCAUCAUUUGAAAAAGGCAUCGAUCCCAGUACUGUGGAGCCUCCUAGCAAGUUUUUGCCAUCUUCUCCUAACACUGACCAUUGCGAUGAUACAUCUGAAGAGGAAGAAGAGAGCUGUGCAAGAAUAUUUAGUCUGUUAAUAUUUUCACUCACUCGUGAACUUCUUGGUGAAAUAUAUACCUUGCAGCGUACGCCAGCCCCACCUCGCUGGAUAAAACAGUCUUUACCACAUUCUCCUCUACUGAUGAUUGCUUAUACCAAAUCAAAGGGAACUCUGAUGAAUCAUGUGAUUGAUAAUGUCAGAUGUUUAUUUGGAUGGAAGAUCCCAGUGGGAAAGGAGUCACUUAUGCUUCGAUGGGCAAGAAAGCACAGAGAUCUUGUUGAUCAGGUGCUGGUGAAAGAGCUGCAGGCAGAGGAAGCGAGCUGGACGUGUUACGACGAGGAUGAAGCUUUUGUGAAGUUUCGUGCUGCAGAUGAAAUCUUCACAAGUCUUUUAGAUGAAACUAUCUCACUCUUCUCGAAAAUCAUAGAGAAGAAGAUGGCAUUUACUUGAGCAUGUUGUCGUAAAUGUUCAAAAAUUUUAGAUUGUUGCAUCAAACGUCUUGAUUACUAUAGGCAUUCCAUGGCUUUUAUUUAAUAAUAAAUUAUCAUAAAAUGCAUUACAGUACAAUACUUAUGGUUCGAUUUUAGAUACUCAAACAAAAAUGCCUUUUUUAUAAAUAUACUACAAUCAUUUUAGUUAACUGCAGAAUCAUAUUUUUAUGUGAUAGCUUGAAUAUUAACUUAACUUGUAGGUAGGGUUUCGUUUCAUUUCUUUAGUUACUCAAGUCUUUGAUAGUGGUCUGUUUAUAGAGUGUUAUCAUAGUCAUCCUCAUAACUCGUGGUUAAAUACAAUUUUGAUAAAGUCCCAUAAAUGUGGA